AUGGAGAAAACGAGGUACAAGAAGCUAUCUGGAAGUCAAAACCUAAGACAACAGCUUGUAUUGUCUACACUCACCUUCACGCCCAUUCAAAUUCCCGACAUACGAACCAACGAGACAUGGCCUGGUCUCCGCAAGUACGAGGUCUCCCUCGUCAAGUUGCUCGCUUUGGUCUGCCAUGGCUGUUCUUUCGAAAUCAACGACACUGGCACUGUAUUUAAGUUCAAGCCAAGGAUAGUGAUGGGUCGGUUGAAACUGGAACACGACUGUGGUUUUGAGCGGUCUAUUGGGUAUUUCUUGGAGCCCUUGAUUUUGCUUGGCCUCUUUGCCAAGAAACCCAUUACCAUUACGCUUAAAGGACUUACAAAUGAUUCCAAGGACCCAUCUAUUGAUACCUUCCGUUCUACUACCUAUACCAUUUUAAAACGCUUUGGAGUUCCCUCAGAAGGAUUGGAGCUGGAAAUAAAGAGUCGUGGAUGCGCUCCUAAAGGCGGUGGUGAAGUCGUUGUGGCAAUCCCAGUUGUUCAAAGUCUGACUGGAGUAACCUGGACUGAUGAGGGGGGUUGGUUAAGAGGAUUAGAAGUGUUACAUUCUCAACGAGAGUGUCCGUGCACUUUGAAAAUACAAUGGUACAUGCAGCUUGCGGAGUCUUUCAUCCCUUCCUUCCCAAUGUUCACAUAUUUACUGACCAUAGAGUUGGCCCACAAGCUGGAGAUUGACUCUGAGAAGAAAGAGCUGGUGCCUCCAAAGGAUGUUGGUUUGAAAAUUGCUUCUGUUCUGCUCGGGGAGAUUGGGCAGGGCGGAGUGGUAGAUUCAAAUCUCCAGGGUUUGUUGUUUCUUCUUUGUGCAUUAUGUCCCCAAGAUGUUUCAAAAGUUCAGGUCGGAAAGCUCUCUCCUUAUGGGAUAGAUACACUCAGAAACAUUAAUGAUUUUCUCGGAGUUAAAUUUGUCACUACGCCAUGCUCAUCCACAAAGCUCCUCUUAUCCAUGACAGUAAGGAGCUAUCAACAUAUUGGUGGACUAGUGGUGCAAGAGAGUAAACCUAAGUGUUCAAGAAUGGUCCGAUAUUCAAAAUACCUCUUUGUUUGGAAAGGAAGAAUUCAGUUUCAAGCCUCGCAUGGAGUCUUCGAUGAUAACGGUUUAGACUUGAGGACGAGUCUUUUCCAACCAGGGGAGUUUGAUGCAAGAGAAUCUACAAAGCUCUCUAAGAUUAGUUAG